CGGAAGGCGGCUCGCCCAUCCCAUGACGGACAUGGCGCCGAACGACGAGCGGACCGUCGGCGAGGCUCACGUGCCCAAGGUUGAGAUGCGUCAAAUCUCUGACCGCAGUUCGCUCCGGUCGGACGCGCCUCAGAAUUCGGCGCGGCACGCGGCCGCUCCGCUGCAGCAGAUUGCAGAGGUGCUCGAGGCGCAGGAGGAGGCCAAGGCGGCGCUGGAGGAGGCGGCGCGGGACAAGAAAGUGCGCGAGCUCAGCACCUGCGUCUCCGAGUUUGUGUCGACCGAGGCGCGCUACCUGGCCGACCUGCAGUCGGUCGCGGUUUCCUUUCUCGAGCCGCUCCGGCCGCUGCUGCCGCCGCAGCUGCACUACGCCAUCUUUUCGAACCUGCCGCAGCUCCAAGGCCUACACCAAGGCCUCGGCACCGAUCUCGAGAGGGCGACCUCCGAGACCGCCUCCGACUCCGGCCAGGCGUGCGUCGACGCCUUCUCAAAGCUUCUGCCCUACUUUCGGAUGUACGCCACGUACUGCUGCAACUACCCGAACGUGGCCGAGGCGCUCUGCAAGGUGGCGGCGGAGCACAGCGGCGCGGCGACCGCCCUCGUCGAGGCGGAGGAGGCGCGCGGCGUCAAGCUGCAGGCGCUGCUCUUCCGGCCUGUGCAGCGGCUCUGCGUGUACCCGCUGCCGCCCGAGCGCCCCUCGCUCCUCCUCGUGACACUGUCCGCCCUGAAGCUGCUCGUGAGACGGCGGAAUAGGUACCCGCUGCUGCUCGAGCGGAUGAAGAAGAGCAGCCAGCCAGAGUCGCAGAUGCGGACCACGUGCGAGAGCGCCUUCGCGGCGCUGCAGGAGCUCAACUCGGAGGUCAACGAGCGGGUACGGCAGAUGGAGGCCUCCUCCCUCGCCCUCACCUCUGCCUCCUCCCUCGCCCUCACCUCUGCCUCCUCCCUCGCCCUCACCUCUGCCUCCUCCCUCGCCCUCACCUCUGCCUCCUCCCUCGCCCUCACCUCUGCCUCCUCCCUCGCCCUCACCUCUGCCUCCUCCCUCGCCCUCACCUCUGCCUCCUCCCUCGCCCUCACCUCUGCCUCCUCCCUUGCCCGCGCCGCCGCCUCCGCCUCCUCCGCCGCCCGCGCCGCCGCAGCUGUCUUCAGCGCGCCCUCGCCUCGCACCGCCGCCCGUCCGCCUCCUCCGCCUGCUCCUCUGCCCGCUGCAGCGGCGCGGCCGCCCCUCAGGAUGUGAGUGAGUAUUACGUGUGCUUCCGGAUCUAGGUCCAGGCCUUCUCGCACGAUAGCACGGCGGGCAUACAGCCAAACAUGUCCCGCAGGCGGGCAGGCUCCUCCACCUCGAGGCGCUCGUCGACAUGAAGUCACCUACGGCCUCGACGCUGAACGCGUGGGGCCGCAGGGCGACGUACAAGUGGUACGUCUUCUCCGACUACCUGCUUGUCUGCCGGCCAAAGGGAGAGGGCUUCGCCAAGAAGGCGCUGUGGCCGCUCGCCGCGUUGCGCGUCGCCGCUGCGAACACGACCCCGCCCGAGACGCACGCUUCGUUCGCAAAGAAGCCCGAGCGCGACAAGAGCGAGAGGGACACGCCAGAGCCGCUCCGCGCCGGCAUUCGCUCUUUCGUUAGCGCUAACGCAUGACGAUUACUUCACAGGACAAGGCAGAGGUGUUCCGUGUGUGGCACGAGGAGAAGGAGAAGCCGCUCGGCGAGUUCAAGUGCUGGGCCCAGAGUGAGACCGACAUGCUUGCGGUGGUGCAGCGGCUGCAGGUGCUGAUUGAUGCGGCGGUCGAGCAGCGGGACGACAUGAUUCAGCGGGGGAUGAAUCGGCUCACACUCGAGGGGUGAGGGGCUCGAGGGGCUCGAGAGGGCGGCUCGGCGCGUCGCUGGGUGUGCAGGGGCGCGACCGCAGCUCUCGAGGGAGGGAGCCUCCAGGGCGCAGGAGGCCGCGCCCACAGCCCGUGGCGCGUGGGGCAUCAAACGCACCCCGCACGCGUGCGACCGUUGCGCGCACUGGCUGACUUUGAGCACGCGCAUUUUAGAGGGAGGGGAGCGAGAGAGAGAGCUCCAAUCUAGACGAGGGAGUGGUUCUUCCGCUUUCAUCCACUAUUUUCAAGAAAGAC